AUGGUACGCAACCUCAGUACAGAGGAGUACAAGACCGUCAAGGAGUUCCAUGGCAUUCCUCAGCGAACAGCUACACCAAUAGACGUCCCCCAGAAUGGAGAUACGCCUGGAGGCCGCUCGUCGUCAUAUGGUCGAUCUAGGCGCAACAAGCCCGACUUUCCGAGCCAUCCAGCUACGUUUCUGGACAACCUGCACAGCGAGGGCGACCAUGUAGUCCGUCCAUUCACCGUCAAUGGCACGGCCAAGCGAACCGGUCAUCGCUCUGCUAGCCUGCGAACUCCCUCGGCCGAUUCGCAGGCGCGUUCCCCUCUCGCCAGCUCGCCCAACGCCGUCCUUGCCGACCUCGCAACUUCAUCCAAGUUCGCUAAGGGGAAAGCCAAGGCGCAAGAUGUCUCGCCGCGUACCACCCGUUCCAGAACUCUUCGCAAAGCCUCGGCCCAAGCGGAAUUCAUCAACCUCGCCAGCGAUGAGGACGAUGACGAUGAACACCCUCACGUCGUCCCGCAAAUAUCCUCCAGCAGCCGCGCAUCAAAGUGUCCACCAAAAGAACCCGUCCGAAGUGCUGCUUUGCAAGCAAAGGACGUCCGGCGCAAGCACGAGGACCAAGCCGUCUCCAAAUCAUCCUCAGCCGCGCCUCCCUCGUCUUUUUACUCUCGUGCCGAACCGAGUUUCCCUCGUCCUGCAAAUCGCCCUAAUCCUCUCUUCGGCAACGGACGUCCAGAAGGACCCAUCCAGCUGGAGGAGCCCGUCCCGCGUCGUGCAUCCGGUUCCACGCACGUGGUACACCUCCGAGAUAGCCCCGAACCCGAGUCUGGCGUCAAAGUACCACCACCUCAUCGACUCGACCGAGCUUCCUCGAGUCAACCGCGCCCCAAGUUGUCCGAACGCAUGAAACCCAAAGCGCGCUCACCCAUCCGAUCAGACUUGGCUGAACGAAGCAGCAAGAUCUUGCCCUCGGGCUCUCAAACUCGCUCGCCGCAAUCCAGAUCGCACCUCGAGCUGAACCUUUCCCCAUCAGAGCAUGACACCAACGGUUCCACAAAAGGCCGCAAGCGCUCGCGAACGGAUGAUGGCCGGUCGCUUUCGCACGAAAAACGCUUUCCUGACUGGCCAGUCGACUUCCCCUUCGAAGUUCGUCUCCGCGCCAUCAUCGUCUCUGACGCAUGGAAGUCUCGCGAAAAUGAUCGCAUGGUCAUGGUCUUGAAUCAGCACCACCUCUUCUUCGGCCUAAGCACCGGACAAGCCAUCAAGGUCCGAUACAGCGACAUACGCGAGAUCGUGGCCAGCAAGCUCGACGUCAAGCAAAACAGCACCUUGUGUUUGACUCUGGCGCCCAAUUCCGAGAGCGCACGCAACGUGCAGGCCGUUUUCUCCGAGUAUGAUCCUCGUGCUUCUGGGGACGCCGCCCAGAUCCAACUCGUCGCAUUGGACUUCGAUGAGGUGGAACGGCUCAACCACAAUCGUGCCAUCGCCUGGAUCACCCAUAAGUUGCGCGAGCCGCGACCCGACGGCGUCAAAGUCUUCUGGCUCGACGAGUACAGCGCAAAGGGUAAGAUCAGCAGUGUCGAACGCGUCAUGCAACUUCCGUGGCCAGAGGCUUCAACGACGCCAGUGCAGACACGGCCAAAGCGGACGCUGAUCGUUCCGGGUGCGGAUCGCUUUCCGAACAACGAUCUGCGACAAUUCACGCGCCAAACCACUACCUACAUUCCAUCUGAGGGGCGAACGAAGACAUUCAACAUCCAACCAGACUCUCCCAACUCUCCGGCCAAUUCGUCUGUCGAUGUCGAUAUGGCAGAUGCCUUCUCGCGGUCAAAAUUGCCGACGCUGGCCCCUUUGUCUACUCCCAAGCCCAAACCGGCUUCCACUUCAGCUGCCAAGGUGGAAGUGCGGCGGCCGCGAGUAUCUUCAGAUGGAACAAUCCUCCACUACCCUUACGAAGGCAUCGGCGCCAUGUCGCUUCGAGACGCAGACUUUGACAAGCUUCUCGAUGGCGGCCUCCUCAACGAUUCUGUUAUCGAGUUUGGAAUGAAGUUUAUCCUCGACGAGAUCCGUGCCAACGAUCCAGAGUUGGCGGACAGCAUUCAUGUCUUUAACACUUUCUUUUCGACCAUUCUGAUGUCGGAUUCGGUCGAGAACAGCUAUGCCAAGGUGCGGAGAUGGACAGCCCGGGAUGACAUCUUCUCGAAGAAGUACAUUGUUAUUCCGGUCAACGAGAACUACCACUGGUACUUGGCCCUCAUCGUCAAUCCGGGAUACAUCUUGGCGGACAACGGCAAGGAUUCUUCUAGCGAGCAAGACACAGAAGAAGUGGCGCAGGCAUUGACGCUACCCUCCAAGGAUUCGUCGCGGCCACCAUGCUCGCCCAGAGCGACUGCGACUUCCGAGAACAAAGAGGGCGCACCUGAGCCGCGCCAGGCUGCCACGGCUGCCGGCAGUUCAGACCCCGAAACGCCUCCCCUGCCUCCGCUCCACCUUCCGUUGCAGUCGUACGAGAGUUCUUCCGCUUCGCUCCCCACUCCCAUGGAGGUAGACACAGACUCGCGCAGUGACUCGUCGACUAAAUCCCCAGCAAGUGGAACUACCUCCGACCAGCUGAUCAUUAUCACUCUCGAUAGUCUCGGGCAACGGCACGUCAAGCUGGCCAACAAAUUGUUUGAGUACCUGUGGCGUGAAGCCUGGGACAAGAAGAUCUCUACGAUUGCGAGGUCACCGAAACGGCCCGUCGAUGACAAGGGCAAGCAAGACGGCCGUGCUCGGGAGGACGCGUGCGAGAACGCCGAUGUGCAAACAUCGGCGAGCGACAAGGAACCUGCAAAGGAUCAGGCAGCCAAGACGUCCAAGGACGCGCAUGACGACAGCACCGAAGAGCCAGAUGUCCUGACUGACGGCAUUCGCUCUGUCAAGGUCCAAGACUCACGACGAUCCGCCACAUGUGCAGCCACCAAAUCAACUGAAGCGGAAGCAUGGGCCAAAAGCCUCUCCAAGGCGGUCUACAUCAAUGCACAGGUUCCGGAGCAGCCCAACUUUUGCGAUUGCGGCAUCUACCUUCUGCACUAUAUUGACCGCUUCUUCCGCCAGCCCGACAAGCUGCUCGAGCUUACCGUCAAGGCCAGGGAUAGGCUCGCCAGCGUCAACAAGGCGGGGUCGUCGGCUCGGCAUCAGGCGAAAAGGGACAUUGAAAGAAAAGUUGAAGCGGAAUGGCAGGCAGGCGAGGUGGGCACCAAGCGGGCUUACUGGCGCUCCAAGCUGGUGGAGCUGUCAGAGGGAUGGGAGGCGUUCAAGAAGCAGAAGGAGGAGAAUGCGGUCAAGAGCGAGCAGGAGGAGACGAAGCCAGACAAAGAUGAGGAGGAGCCCGAGCUCGGUUCAUCGCAGCAAAAGCAAGCGCCGUCGCCAGCGAAGGAUGGAGACAUUCCAAUGCCCGAUGCAGACCCGGACCGAGGUGUCAAUGAAGAGCACCUGCCUAGCGUAGAACACAGCAAGGAGGCAUCUGGGGAGAAGGCAGUCAAUACCUUGGACGACAUUGAGCGUUCUGUCGACGACUGCGUGCGCGCUACCGAUCCUGCGGCAUCGCGUGUCGUCGACGACAUCCUCGUCCAGGCUAUGGCUACCCAACAGGGCCCACUGUCUCAGGAACAGCUCAGAGAGUUGCAGAUGGAGGACCGAGAGCAGGCACACCAGCUGAGGCCCGCUUCCGAGUGGCGUCACAACGUUAGCGACAUCGGGGCCUUCAGCACGGCGGUGCCUCCGGUGGGCAAUUCCGGCUCGUCAGCUGUACCCGUUGGUGUUGUGACGGAGGCACCGCCCAAGGCUUGCGUGCUGGGGCAGCGGGAGCAAAAGGAGCAAGACACGCCAUCACCGUUCGGCGCCAGCAUCAUGCCAACGGCAUCGGGCACGUCGUCGGACCCCGCACCCUCGCUGUCGUUCGCAAGCAGCAAGCACGCUGCGUCAGAGGCGGUGAGGGGGGAUUUUGAGGAUUGGUCCAUCGACGAGGGCGUGGGCAAGCUGUCGAGCGAGCUGGCGCUCGAGAGCGUAUCUGUCUCGUCGUCUUCGGAUGAUAACAUGUAA